UGUUGCAGGCUGUGUGCAGUGGGGGAGGUGCCAGCGCUGAUCAAGCAGUGUAAUUUUAUACAUUACUGAAUCAGUGCGGGAGAAACCUGGAGGGACAAAGCAUCAUCUUCUCUUUGGACUGCACUGUAAAAUCCUACAGCUCUCUUAGCCCAGCUAUGCUCUGAUACAUUUUUUUUUUCCUCUCCUUUUUCUGAUUUUGGUGUGAAUGAUAAAGUGAUCCGAUGAUGGCUCUCGUUAUGGAACCUAUUAGCAAGUGGACGCCCAAGCAAGUAGUGGAUUGGAUGAAAGGCCUCGAUGACUGUCUCCAACAAUACAUAAAAAAUUUUGAAAGAGAGAAGAUCAAUGGCGAGCAGCUGCUGCACAUCACUCACCAGGAGCUGGAGGAGCUGGGAGUCACACGCAUUGGCCACCAAGAACUGAUCCUGGAAGCGGUUGAUCUGCUUUGUGCAUUGAAUUAUGGUUUGGAGACUGAAAACCUGAGAACUCUUUCUCACAAGCUGAAUGCCUCAGCCAAAAAUCUUCAGAACUUCAUAACGGGUAGAAGGAGGAGUGGCCAUUACGAUGGCAGGGCCUCCAGACGACUGCCAAAUGAUUUUCUUACCUCUGUAGUUGACCUGAUUGGUGCUGCCAAGAACCUACUAGCCUGGCUGGACAGGUCCCCAUUUGUCAGCGUGACAGAAUACUCACUGCUGAAAAACAACAUCGUUCAACUGUGCCUGGAACUAACAACCAUUGUGCAACAGGAUUGUACAGUGUACGAAACAGAAAAUAAAAUUCUUCACGUGUGUAAAACCUUGUCUGGAAUUUGUGACCACAUCAUCUCGCUCUCAUCUGAUUCUCUGGUGUCUCAAUCAGCACAUCUUGAGGUAGUUCAUCUCACCAGCAUUAUGCCCAGUGAGGGUUUGGGAAUGUAUAUCAAAUCAACGUAUGAUGGACUACAUGUAAUCACAGGAACAACUGAGAAUUCUCCUGCUGACCAGUGUAAGAAAAUCCAUGCUGGUGAUGAGGUGAUCCAGGUCAACCACCAAACUGUGGUUGGCUGGCAGUUAAAGAACCUAGUAAAUGCCUUGCGAGAAGACCCAAACGGAGUGAUUUUAACCUUGAAAAAACGGCCCCAGAAUACCCUGGUUUCUGCUCCUGCCCUUCUGAAGAAUGUGAGGUGGAAGCCUCUGGCGCUUCAGCCUGUAAUUCCAACCAGUCCAACAAGCAGUUCUACAACACCAACAAGCACGAUGGGCAUAUCCUCAAAAAUGGAGAACUCUGCGCUCCAGGAUGUUUUCAUUCUGUCUCCUAUGUCAGGACUUUAUGGCCCCAGGGAUGAAAUUGGAAUAAUGUCUUGUGAUGACAUCAGCAAAUUUGGGAAGUCUGGAAUGAAAGGCUCUGAGUCUCCAAGCUAUUUUCUGGAGCAUGAAAGUGGGAAAUACUACACCUUAAUUGAAGGUGAAGGCCACCCUGUGGGCUCUGAGUAUGAGAGAAGCCGAGCUACAGGAGUGCGGAGAAGAGAAAAAACACCCACUCACGGAGAUUUAAGGCCUGUUUCUAUGCCUACUGAGUACAGCUGGAUAGGGGAGUCAAAGGAACAAAACAUGUACAAGAGGGGAAGCAGAGACUCUGAGAAUUCACUCCUGCGGUAUCUGAGUGAUGACAAGAUACUGGUUAUCCAAGAAGAACCUUUGACACAAAAAGACAACAAAAGGGACACAGGUCGUAGGUCAAGAAAAAAGGGCAAAAACACAAGUAAUCCAAACUACCCUAUUAGUCCAUCUGUGUUGACAUCUACUAUUAAUGUUAGGCUUGAACCUGGACAGCAAGAUGUCUUGAAUUUCUCACUCGCAGAAAACAAUACAGUUCCACUUUAUCACAGAGCAGGGGAAACAGUCAGUGGAGAUACUGAAAGAUAUGCAAGUUCUGCCAUUGACCGUCAAGGAAGCACAUCCAUGAGGAAGUCAUUCCAUUACGCUUCCCUCAGGGUAAAAAGCAGAAAAUGGUCAAAAGGGAGCUCUCUGACGAGUGGGAGCAGAAGACGGAUUUCCUGCAAAGACUUGGGGCACGGAGACUGCGAAGGCUGGCUCUGGAAGAAAAAAGAUGCCAAAGGUUAUUUCACGCAGAAAUGGAAAAAAUACUGGUUUAUUCUGAAGGAUUCGUCCUUGUACUGGUACACAAACCAGAAUGAUGAAAAAGCAGAAGGAUUCAUUAGUUUACCUGAGUUCAGAAUAGAUAGAGCAAUUGAAUGCAGAAGAAAACAUGCCUUCAAAGCAUGCCACCCCAAAAUAAAGAGCUUCUACUUUGCAACAGACUGCCUUGAAGAAAUGAAUAGAUGGAUGAAUCGUUUGGGUCUUGCAGCGAUUGGUUACACCCCCGAUGACAAGGACAUUCAUCCAGAUGAAGCAGAUUACUGGAGCGAAAGCGACCAGGACGACACCGAGGGCUCCCUAACCCUGAAGCAGGAAGGCUCUUCCACUCUGGGUGACACCUACCACCGAACGCCCUCAGUGAAUUCUUCCAGCCCAUUCCCUGAAUCCCAACACGGUCGACACUUUUCAAGUGAAUCAACAUAUUCUCAUUCUUCUGCUGAGGAUUCUCGACAAGACGUAGCGGGCAGCACGCACUCGUCGGGGUGCAGACCUCCCUACCGAGAACGGCGCUCGUGGCAGGACCUGAUCGAGACGCCGUUAACCAGUUCAGGGCUCCAUUUCCUUCAGACUGUUCCUCCCGAGGCGGAGUACAUGGGUGGCCGGCCUGGAAUGUCACCGGACAGACGAAGACAAGCAACGCUACCAGUACAAAGGUGUCAUAAUUAUGAGCAGGACGGGCCUUUCCCUUUGGUGGAAUGUCCAAGGGGACACAGCACUCACAGCCGGCCACAGAAGCAACGUAGUCAAAGUCUUCCCCGAAACAGAGACGUCAGGGGUAAGGGACGUGUAAGGUCCAUAGAAGGAACAGAUGACAAGCUAGAAGAGAAAGUUCCCCUUAGAAGGCAUAAUAGUUUCUGUGCAGAAGAAAACAUAAAAGAAAUUGGAGAAAAUACAGAUGGUCUGCAAGAGCUGUAUAAAUCUCUGGAGCAAGCUAGUUUGUCAGCUUUCGGAGAGCAGCGUCCUUCCACCAAGCAGGAGUUCCGCAAGUCUUUUGUAAAGCGAUGUAAUGAUCCAGUUAUCAAUGAAAAGCUUCACCACAUCAGAGUUCUCAAGAGCACUUUAAAAGCGAAGGAAGGGGACCUCACAGUUAUCAACAGCCUUCUGGAUGAUCCCAACUUAACAUCAAAGAAGUUUAAUGAUUGGAAAGUAAAGAACUAUGAGUUUUUCCUGGACAUUUGUGAGUACAGUGCUGCUGUGAAAUCUCAAAAUGGAGCCUCUGAACUUGCAACCUCAGCACCAAUGCUGACACACACACACUCGUUCAUUGAAACUCACGUCUGACGGGACUCGUAUCCUGAAAAAUUGCUGGGUGCCGUGAAAAAUUGAAUAAGACAAACACUGUAAUAUUUAUUGAUAAAGUACUCAGCAGUACUGUAAAUAAGUUGGGUAAGAGAAUAGUGCCGCAGGAUGCCUACUACAUUGCAUGAUAAGACAAUAUUAUUCUUCAUGAAUUUUGUUUUGUUUGCUAUUAUCAACUGAUGUCCGUAUCAAGCUCUGCAUUAGAAAGAAGCAGUGCAGAAGUGUGACUGAAAAUAAAUACCAGUAUAUUUAAAGUACUGUACUAAAACUAAGCUUAUAGUAUGAGCUCCUACAAUCAUUUUAUAUAUUUAGAUAUAUAGUAAGACGUAUCUAUGUAUAUAAAAUGUAACACGGUAGUUGACAUUUACUUUUUAAAAUGCCCUAAAGUUCACAUUUUCACACAUUUUUUUCUUGAGAAAAAAUAUAAAAUGAAAACAAAAAUACAUUGGCCACUCUUAGAGAUGAACAUUUAUUUUUGCAACAUUUCCAGGUAGUGACCAUCUUUGCAAAUAAAAGGACAGAGUUAUCAAAAUGUAAACUCAAUCCCUAUGGUGUGCCUUAAAAUGUACACUGUACAUCUAGCAAAUAGAUCCCAAUCUGGCCCUAUGGGCAUACUGUACAUGCCAUUUAGGUACUGUGUUUGUAACAUACUGUGCCUGCCUUUAAAAUGAAUGCAUAGAAGCAAGCAGGUAUGGCACAGAGGUUAAGAUAUGAGUAGAACAAUGUUGGUUGUUCACUAAUGCUGCAAUUUAAACUGAUUUUAGUAUAAUUUGAGGUAUUUCAUGGUGAAAGAAAAACUUCUGCGCUGAAUAUGGUACGUACUGCAGGUUUUCAUAGUUUCUUCACUGUGAAUUUAAGUCACACAGGACUGUGAGUCACAAAAUUCAAAAAAGCUCUGAUGCUUCAAGGAUAGGAAUUAAGUUCAAAAAAAAAUCCUGAAGUAAUCAAUUAAAUUCUCCAAUAGACUGACACCUAGAGCUGAGUAAAUUAUUCAAAAUUAGAUGAUGUCUGGCAAUAAUUUUUAACUGUUAGUAGUACAUUAGCAAGUAGGUGAAGUUACUCAAUACAUCAUUUGAAAACCAACCUGUAUUGAUUGGUUUGGGAAGAGACACAAGUCACAUAGUGUAUUUCACUUCCUUGCCUGGAUGCGAAUGAUUUCUGAGAAUCAGAUUUUGGAGAAAAUGCUUGUAUUCUUGGGAAAAAAAAAAAUGCUCUGAAUGCUACUGAACGUAAAUUUCAAACACCUGUUCACAAUUUCCUUUGACUGUGCUUGCUUGUCUAUUUCUAGAAAGCAGAACAAAGGGGAUGUGGAUACACUUGAAGACAAUUCACUUAAACACAGACAUUCACCCAUCAUUUUUUCACAAGAUAAGCCUAGUUAUCUCUCAUACAUCAAGAACUGUAAAAUUCAUACAGUUCACUAUAAUAUAGGAAAUAAACGUUAUUUCAACGAGGUCCUAGUAUCCAGGAAGAGAGGUAAUUAUUCCCAAAGCCAGAACUGGGUGACGUUCUCCUGUUCAGCCUUCACAAAGCGGCUGUGGUGGGCUGGCCCACCACAACACACUCACUCCCCCUCCUCAACAGGACAAGGGGAGAAAAUAUAUUAAAAUAUUUAUGUGAAUUAAAAACAGCUUUCAGAAAGAAUUUCAAAUGUCACUGUAUUAUAACUCAAGACAGAAAUUACAAUUGUCCUCCAAGCAUAUUCAAUGAAGUCCCUGGUGAACAAAGAAAUAAGAUAUUUCUCUUCUAAAAUGCUACUUAUAGAUACAGCAGAAAAUGACAAACAUCAUUAGGAAGAUAUAACUCUCAAAAAUAACACAAAUAGUAAGGAAAAUAGACAAUCUCAAUUUUCAUUUCUGAAAGUUAAAAAAAUACAUUCUGAAAUAUGAGAUAAAAAGUUGAGAGAUCGUACUUUUGCUCAGUUUAUUUUUCAAAUCUUGCAAUGUCACGAAUGCAUAUUCUCUGAAAUUCUCAGAGUCAUGACUCUGUAUUCUGCUCUUGAGAGCAGAUGUGUAAAUGUGAUUUACACUGAGUAGUGAAGAUAAAUUAUCCAAGAGUUUCAUAUGGUGAACUGAGAUACACUGGAAAAAUUUCCUAUAAGAAAGGAAGAUGAACGGGGAGAAAAAUCUGCAAGAUUUGUCUAGCAUUGCUUAUGCCUUAGAGCAAGCAAAAUCUGAUUGUUAAAUUAAGCAAUACAAAUACUCUAUUCUUCCAGAAACACCAGCUGGCAUUUUAAAGUAAUUUCACAAGACUUCUGUCAUACUUCUUACAUGUCUACUCAACCCCGUACGACAGCCCUUCUCCCCCAGCCACUAGUUUCUUCUUUCUGGAUUGGGGUACUAAUCGCGCUGUACUACACAGAAUAAUGCACCAAGUCACCAUGGCACAAUUAUUUGGUAUUUCAUGACCUUUGAAAUAGCUGGAAUGCAAAGUGCAAUACAGAUAUUGUAUUCACCCAAUCCUGCUCACAUAUUAAAAUAUGUCAAAUUCUCCUAAACCAAAAUGUACUUAAACACACUGCACAACGCAGCUGAAAGUAUUAUGGUGGUUUUGAUCAAAUGCUUUUAAAUGAGGAGAAAAAAAAGAAAAAAGAUUGCUGUUGAAUUAAUCAAGGGUACUAUACAGCACCAGUACAAUAGUCUUAUUAACUUACUAGACUUCCUGCCUGAAUGUUUAGAUAAAACUUGGUUCUUAACAUACAGAACUACACAAAGAGAUUUUUGGGAUGCGCUUUAUUUAUCCAUAUCAUAUUAACGAAGAGAACAAAGAAAAUUCUUGUAUCUCUUAUCUUUUUCUCAAGUAACACAAAUCAGACCUAAGACCAUCACAUAGCAUAUUCCCCAUAUUCUUUCAUCAGGUAGUCUUGUCCUCCAAAGUAAUAAAAGCAUUCUUUUUUUGCAAAAAAAAUGGUGGUACUUAUGACCAUGGUGAUAUAUCCAGGGGCUGUUUAUAUCCCGGUAAACCACGGCUGUUGGCCUCUUGGGGUGGGACAGCUCCGCCAGGCAGAGCUUUUUCUGGAUAUUUCUCCAAGGGUUUGGAAAAACUCUUCAUGCAAUUGGGGCCAAAGUGCUUCCAAAGAGGAUUGCCUGAAACAAUCCUUGGCCUUGCCAGAACGCUGGCCUAAGGCAAGGUCCAGCAUAACUGAUCAGCAGAACUUAAGCCCCACCUGCAACACCUGUCAGCUGACCCCAAAACUGUAAUACAAAGGUGCCUAUCACACAAAUUUAUUUACUGUUUAAACACUAAUUCUGUUAGCAUAAGCAAAUCUUGUGUCUCUACAGCGAUCCUGACUCCCGUCUCUGGACUCAGUCCUAUAGAGAUUCUGCUUAAGAGAGCACGGGCUUGUUGGUAUUACUGGGCCUCAGCCCUGAAAAUACUGGUUAUAGUACAGCCGAGUUCCUGUAGCGUCACGUUAGAGAAAUAAGUGGUAACUUGGUCUCAUAAAGGACUUUUAAUUUUUUCUUUAGUUUUCACCAUAGGGAAAUAGUGAAUUUCUAGUGAAUGCAGAAGGGCGCACGUUGUAACAAAUGCCUUUUUGCUCAGAGGGUAGGUUUGUAGAUUUUCACAUAUCACAUGCCUUAGACUGCUGAUCUUAAAAUCACCAUCUUCUCUGUUGCCAAAUUAUGUUUAUUUACCGCUAGUACAAAAAAUGGGUAAUAAUGGGAAAGACUGAAGAAACCAUAUUAUCUGAUUAAUUUACAUCCAUUAUAAAAAGUUCUUUUUCUUCUCGAAUGUUUCCCCCAUUAAAGCUGAGGCUCAGAGGAGCUUUUUCAGACAAGCUACUCUUGUCCCAGAUGAUUCCCCACUGUGUGGCUGAGGCUCUCAAUGGGCAUUAACUGGGCAUGUGUCUGCAAAUCAAAUGGAAAUGGAAAAUACAUUAUUAUUUCAACUGACACUAGUAAAUUGUAUUUUCUUAGUUGAUUUUUAAAAUUAUUUUCUUUACUCCUGUUACAUGUGAGCAUAAUGUUGUACUUCUGAUCAGAUCCAUUCGCGAAUGUGUAGGCAGGCAACUCUAUUCUUGGUAUAACUAAUAGAUGGGGAAGCUUUUUUUUUAAAGCUUAGUUUCUGCGUUUUACAGUUUAUACCAUACUUCAGCAUUCAGAAGGAGGAUUACAAAUAAUAUAAUUUAAGCUUUUACCAGUUUUUGAGAUAGCUGAUAUACUACUGGGACCUACUCUUAAUAAAAGUACUAAAAAAUUCAGACAGAAACUGCCUGUCGUUAUCUUCAGGAAAAGAACCAUAUUCAUUCUUAAUGCAGGUCGGACAGCUUAAUUCUAUCACACGCAUACAAGUGUUAUAAGUGACAAUUAGGGACUUUGCUGUAUGCAUUAAUGCCACUGUAUAAGCAGUAUUUGAAAGAAAGGAAUGUUGUAAAAAUUAUAAAAAAGUCGACAAACUGUUGUUUGACCAGCUAGGCCCUCCAGUUUCUGUCCUCACAUUUCUAGAAAAGUGUUCAUUCUCAGGCGUUGGUGAGGGUAUCAAUACAGAUCUUUCUACUAACUGAAAAUGAAUCUGUCCGAAUGCUGCAGAUUAAAUAAGGAUGCCAUAAUAUACAUAUUAACUCUAUUGCAUCUUUUUCACUAUCAACCAUGAAACAAAUAUGUCUUAGCCAAUCUUGUUUGCUGGCCAAAAUAUCAGUAAGACCCUGUUACCAGUUAAGACUUCUGUUUUACUGAGAAACAAGGAUUUCAGCUUAAAAAUCUGAAAAGAAAACAGGUUAGGAUAUAAGAGAAAUGCACUAGUAUUAAUAAACUUUUUACAUUUGACACAUACUGUAUUACAAAGAAAAUAUCCUUGUAAGACCAUUACUUGCUGGGCCAUAGGUGACUUCUGUCUAGUUUACUAAAGUAGCUAAUAAAACUUGUAUAGAGAGCCUUUUUUAGAUAAUGCUUAAUGUAUGAAAAUGUAUGACACCCUUGUACUAUGGCUUGCACUUUACUUGCAUUAAACUGUGAAGUAGGCUGUAGUCAUGUCUUUGUAUAUUCAGGGGUUGAAAUACCAAAGCGCUAGAGUAUCGUCCUGCUGGUGUUCAACCUGUACUGUCCAUUAAAUCAGAACACGCUGACACAACGUGUAUUUUGAAAACCCCACUAACUUAAAAUCUUUAGCAAAUAACGCUGUGGGGUCUCCAUGGUCUUUGUUUCUUUGUAAAUAUAAACAUUCUUACUGUUUCGGUAGCAAUAGGAGGUUAUAAACCAAACUUUCACUAGGACUGUUUUCAACAACAAAGAAAUCUGUAGCGCCUUGUAUAAAAAUCAUGGAGACUCCAUGACCUGUGGGCAUUUUUUGUUUACAAGCAGUCUGUAUAUAUGUAUUAGAGGCAGAACUGUUAUUUAUCACAAAGUUAUGUUGUGGUUGACUCUUUCUUAAAUAAAUACAUGUUUUCUGUCAUUAUGAAAAAUAAGUAUUUUACAGCCAUCUUGAAAAGUUUGGAGUGUCAAAGCUUCAAAUAUUAGUAACCUUCCAUGUUUCAGCCUUGUUUAUUCUAAUCAGCUGUGAGAUGAACUGAGAGGCAAUGGCAAAAAGAAAUGUCAGAGUUAUAUCACCGUUUCAGAGCGUUCUGCAGCUUUUCUAUAAUCCCCAUUUGCUCAAGCGCUUUAAUGAGCAGAUGCUCUACCGGUACCGUAGCAAAGCCCCUCAGUUCAUUGAUGCUACAGAGAGGGAAAAUUAACUGCUCUAGACCAAUACAGGUAAAACGAGCUUUCAACCCCUGGAUAAUACAGUAUUUCUUCAGUUUCACAACAGUAUUUUUAAUUUUAUACUUGUCUAUGUUGAGAGAUGACCCAAUAGUUUCUAUAGGCAGUGAACGUUAGGUUUCUUUUUCCCCUCUUUUCAGAUGAGUUCUGUGUGAAUUACUGUAACCGGCUGCGUUUUUUCUAUCACAGAUUAACUUGUUAACUUUUUGUGUGUCUACAACGAAAAUUUAUGAAUGGAAAACUUCACUGUGUGUUGCUCACUGGGCAUAUACCUCAUGGUACAUUGCACAGACGUGUAAGUUGUAAGUUGCACUGCAACAUUAAAAAAGGAACAUAUUGCUCUUUUUUCAAAGAUAUUAACUUAUUUAAGAGAUAUAGUCUGUACAUUAUUAAAAAAAAAAAAAAGAACAUUUAUUCUUCCUAAAUUCAAACAAAACUUUUGUUUUGGGGAAAAAAAAAAUUGUAAACUUUAGUUGUAAAUUUGGACUUCAAUAAACGAAUUAUCUGCACUUAAA